UUGCAUUAUCCACUUAAUAGAUUACAGAAUGAAAAUUUCGGAGGUUAUCCGAGUCACCCCACCCUCUGACUCACCAGAAUCAGCCACCGAAUUGUGUCUUCCCCUCACUUACUCCGACCUUUUCUGGUUCAAGCUUCCUCCCGUUGAGCGUCUCUUCUUUUACCAACUCAACGAGUUAACUCCUGCUUGUUUCAACUCAGUUGUCCUCCCAAAGCUCAAGCGCUCACUUUCUCUCACACUCCUCCAUUACCUCCCCGUCGCUGGCAACCUCAAGUGGCCACCAGACCAGCCUAAACCCGUCGUUUUAUACACCGCAAACGACGGCGUUCCCCUCACGGUUGCCGAGUCCAGCCCCGACUUUAAUCUCCUUACGAGUAAUGGGAUCCAUGACGCUGUCGAGUUGCAUCCUCUCAAACCCGAGCUGAUAGCUUCAGAUGUUUCAACAUCAACUGUAGCUUUGCAGAUAACCCUUUUCCCAAACAUGGGGUUUUGCAUUGGAAUCACAGCCCACCAUGCUGUUCUUGAUGGCAAAACCACAACCAUGUUCGUCAAAUCUUGGGCUCAUAUAUGUAACCACGGAAAUAAAGACAACUCUACCUUGCCACUCGAGCUGAUCCCAUUUUUCGACAGAUCUGUUCUGAAAGGUCCCGAUGGACUCGACAUGCUGUAUUUGGACCAGUGGCUAGCUUUGAGCGGAUCAGAUUCUAAUAAGAAAAGCCUCGAAAUCACGACGAGUGGAGGAGGAGCUCCGGAUCUAGUUCGAGCCACUUUUGAGAUUACUCGUGAUGAUCUCAAUAAAUUAAGAGAAAGGGUAUUGUCCGUAGUACCACAUAGUGGGAAAGAUCUUCACUUAUCAACGUUUGUGCUUUCAUAUGCUUAUGUAACAACUUGCAUGGUGAAAGCCAGAGGAGAUGGAGAGCGACGUGUUCUUCUCGGGUUCACAGUCGAUUGCAGGUCGCGGUUAAACCCUCCUGUCCCAGAAAAUUACUUCGGCAACUGUAACAGAGGUAUAUUCCAAGUCUCGAAGGCAAGAGAUUUCUUGGGCGAACGGGGGUUUGUUUAUGCUGUUCAAAAAGUAGGUGAGAUGGUUAAAGGUUUAACGGAGAAGGGGGUUCUUGAUGGAAUCGAAAAGGACCUGACAAUUGUUUUCGAUGUACUUAAGCAAAUGGCAGAGUCGGAGAUUCAGAUUAUUAGUGUUGCAGGGUCGCCUAGAUUCGGUGUUUAUGGAUCAGAUUUGGGAUGGGGGAAACCAAAGAAGGUGGUGAUUGUUUCGAUUGAUAAGAGUGAAGCUUUUUCCAUGGCGGAAAGCAGAGAUGGGGGCGGGGGAGUGGAGAUCGGCUUGGCUUUGAAAAAAAAUGAGAUGGACAAGUUUUCUUCCUUGUUUCUACAACAUGUUUAACAACUGGGAUCAUCUGGAAAUAGUGCUUUCUUUUUCUAUUCAA